GUGGCAGGGAACUGAUGAAGUUACACAACUGCUUGCGGAGGUAGUUUCCAUAUAAAAGGCCCAGCUCAAGGCUGCAGUUGGGUAGAAGGCAGCAGGGUGUGGAUCAUGGAGCUCAGCGUCCUCUUCUUCCUUGCUCUCCUCCUGGGACUCUUGCUUCUCCUGGCCAGGGGCCACCCGAAGGGCCAUGGCCGCCUCCCGCCAGGCCCCCGUCCUCUGCCCUUCGUGGGGAACCUUCUGCAGAUGGACAGAAGAGGCUUACUCAAAUCCUUCAUGAAGCUCCGAGAAAAAUAUGGGGAUGUCUUCACGGUGUAUCUGGGACCAAGGCCAAUAGUCAUGCUUUGUGGGACAGAGGCCCUGCGGGAGGCCCUGGUGGACCAAGCUGAGGCCUUCUCUGGCAGAGGGAAAAUCGCCAUUGUUGACCCAAUCUUCAAGGGAUAUGGUGUGAUCUUUGCCAACGGGGAACGUUGGAAGGCCCUCCGUAGAUUCUCUCUGGCCACCAUGAGGGACUUCGGGAUGGGAAAGCGGAGCAUCGAGCAGAAGAUUCAGGAGGAGGCUCAGUGUCUGGUGGAGGAGCUGCGGAAAACCCAGGGAGCCCUCAAGGACCCCACCUUAUAUUUCCACUCCAUUACCGCCAACAUCAUCUGCUCCAUUGUCUUUGGAGAACGCUUUGACUACAAAGAUCCCAGGUUCCUGCGGCUGCUGGACCUAUUCUACCAGACCUUCUCGCUCAUCAGCUCCCUCUCCAGCCAGAUGUUCGAGCUCUUCUCCAACUUCUUGAAGUACUUUCCUGGCACGCACAGGCAAGUCUACAGAAACCUGCAGGAAAUCAACACGUUCAUUGGCCACAGUGUAGAGGAACACCGCAGAGCCCUGGAUCCCAGUGCCCCGAGGGACUUCAUCGACACCUACCUGCUCCGCAUGGACAAAGACAAGGACAUCCCCGACAGCGAGUUCCACCACAAGAACCUCAUCCUCAACACGCUCGCGCUCUUCUUCGCCGGCACGGAGACCACCAGCACCACCCUCCGCUAUGGUUUCCUGAUCAUGCUCAAAUACCCACACAUUACAGAGAAAGUUCAAAAGGAAAUUGACCAGGUGAUCGGCCCACAUCGCCCUCCAGCACUUGAUGACAGAGCCAACAUGCCAUACACUGAUGCAGUCAUCCACGAGAUGCAGAGAUUUGGGGACCUCAUCCCCCUUGGCGUGCCCCACACGGUCAUAAAAGACACCUACUUCCGAGGCUACAUCAUCCCCAAGGAUACUGAAGUAUAUCCCAUCCUGAGCUCUGCUCUCCACGACCCACUUUACUUCGAAAAACCAGACUCCUUCAACCCUGACCACUUUCUGGAUGCCAAUGGGGCACUGAAGAAGAGUGAGGCUUUUGUCCCCUUCUCCAUAGGGAAGCGCAUUUGUCUUGGUGAAGGCAUUGCCCGCAACGAGCUAUUCCUCUUCUUCACCACCAUCCUCCAGCAAUUCUCAGUGGCCGGCCCGGUGGCUCCUAAGGACAUCGACCUCACACCCCGGGAGAGUGGUGUGGGCAAACUGCCCCCGACAUACCAGAUCCGCUUCCUCCCCCGCGGAGGGGGCUGAGGGAAGGGAGUCAAAGGAUGCCAAGGUCUUGAAGUAUCCGCAGAGAAGGCCCCUUGACAGUCUCCGUGUCCUCCCGCUCCCAGAGACCUGUUACUUCCCCUCCUUCGCUGCUACCUCCCUGGGGAAGUCCCCUCUGCGGCCUCGCAGCUCUUCUGAAGACCUGAGGAGGAGGUGUUUUCCUUUCCUCUGUUCAUAGGUGUUUAUUUAGGAACUGGGACUGAAAGGGGAACCAUGGCUCAGGAUCUGUGCAGGUCUGCCUCCCAGGCCACGGCUCACCCGAGGGACCUCCCCCUUGCCCAGAACAACCGCAGCCUCCACUAAUCAACUCCUGGCACUCCAUGACCUGGGCGUGCAUGAUCUCGCUUGGAUCCUCCUCCUCACAGUAGCCCCAGGUGGUGGGUAUGACGGUUAUGCCCAUUUUAAAGAUGAAUAAACAGAAGCCAGGCAAUAGCA